GCCUGAGGAGCGAGGCACACAGUUGUGGAAUUUGCUCCUCUCUUUGCAUACUGACGCAGCCCUGGUAACGGAGCUCAAGGCAUCUUUUGUGCCGUUGUCCAACAGUGAGUGACGUCAUGGGCACUGCCAGGUCUUUAUCAGUUCUGUCAGAUAAAUAGCUAGCCACACUUGUUCCGGAGCAGACGGCAAGGUGCUGUGUGGCAGAGCACUUGGGGCCUCAGAUACGCAGGGGCCACGGCCAUGGGUGCAAGCUCGGACGGGUCCUUCUUCCCCGGCAACCACUGGCUCUACUUCUCUGUGUACCUCUUCACCUUCCUGGUGGGGCUCCCCCUCAACCUGGUGGCCCUGGCGAUCUUCGUGGGCAAGCUGCGACGCCGCCCGGUGGCGGUGGACGUGCUCCUGCUCAACCUGACGCUCUCCGACCUGCUCCUGCUGCUCUUCCUGCCGUUCCGCAUGGUGGAGGCCGCCCACGGCAUGCGCUGGUCGCUGCCCUUCAUCCUCUGCCCCCUGUCCGGCUUCCUCUUCUUCACCACCAUCUAUCUCACCUCCCUCUUCCUGAUGGCUGUGAGCGUCGAGCGCUUCCUGAGCGUGGCCUACCCUCUGUGGUACACGGCGCGGCCGAGGCCGGGACAGGCGGGGCUGGUCAGCGGCGCCUGCUGGCUCCUGGCCUCUGCCCACUGCAGCGUGGUCUACGUCAUAGAAUUCUCGGGAUCCUCCCCCCACAGCCAGGGUACCAAUGGCACCUGCUACCUGGAAUUCCGGGAGGACCAGCUGGCCAUUCUCUUGCCCGUCCGGCUGGAGAUGGCUGUGGUCCUUUUUGGGGUGCCCCUCCUCAUCACCAGCUACUGCUACAGCCGCCUGGUGUGGAUCCUCGGCAGGGGGGCCAGCCAGCACCGGCGGAGGAGGGUGGCGGGGCUCGUGGCGGCCACGCUGCUCAACUUCCUCGUCUGCUUCGGGCCCUACAACGUGUCGCAUGUCGUGGGCUACAUCCAGGGUGAGAGCCCGGCGUGGAGGAGUUAUGUGCUGCUCCUCAGCACCCUGAAUUCCUGCGUCGACCCCCUUGUCUUUUACUUCUCCUCGUCCGGGUUCCAAGCAGACUUUCAGGAGCUCCUGGGGAAGCUGGGUGGGCUCUGGGGCCGUUGGCGGCAGGAGGGCAGCGUGGAGCUGAAGGUCCAGGAGGAAGGCGGGAGGCAGGUGCAGGGCUGUCCCGCGUAGAGAAAGGGUAGUGGGCUCUCGCAGGGCAAGUGGCCUGGGCUGAAAGCUAGGUCCUCUGGGCACAAAGGUGUCACUGGGAUAGCAUCCCCAGGGCAGUUCCUCACUCGAGACAGGCAGGACUUUGGCGUGGAGGGCUGGGGACUGAUGUGGCCCAGGGUCGGAGCAGGUGGCCCGCCUUCCUGAGGGUGCAUGCACUAAAGCCCAACCCUUGAUCUCACUUCCCUCCCCUUCCCCCCACAUGCCGUGGAUUCAGCUCUGGGAAGGAGUCAGUGCAAAGGAUGCUACAGAGAAAAAUGAGGUCCCCGCAGCCGCAGGCCAGCUCCUGUGCUUUCCUGGGGGUCAGGGGGAGUGAAGAGUGGUGCCCCAAGUCUGAGUGAGCUGCCCCGUGGCUCAGGACAGGAGCGAGAAGUCCACCCUUCGGAGCUGGUCCUCUUGGCAGGCCAGCAGUGGAAGAGACAGGGCUCCAGGGAUGAGGGCUCAUUCUGCUCUCCCGUAGGCUUUUCCAGAAAUUUCCCAUCGCUCAAUAAAUUCAGAUCCUCAGAGACAUUUAUGAACAAUGACAGAAGAAAAAU